AUGGGGUGUGACAGUCAGCGCUACCUGACGGCGCUGUGGUUUUGCCUGCGGAGAACUGACCUGACCUGCUACAAUGGGAGUAAUGACAGGGAUGAAGAUCUUCAGAAACAAGAUUGUAGAGAGAAAUCUUCAGAUACUGAUGCAGUGGCUUGUUUCUGGGUUUCUAAGUGACCUCCAGAUUGCCAAGAAGAAAGAACAAACACACCCAUUCCACAGAGAAGGAAAUUGAGAAGCCUUCUAGUUACAGUUGAAAAUAAUGCUCUACCUGAAGAUCUCUCAAAAUAUGUGGGCAUUAAUAUUACUGUGCUUUCUCAAGAUGAGAAAACAAAGGCGUUGUACAUGUGCCCGUGUGGGAAGCAGUUUUAUGAAAGUUCUUACCUUAUUUCCCACCAGAGGAGUCACACUGGUGAGAAGCCCCAUGACUGUAGCCACUGUGAGAAAGGAUUCAAUCAUAAAACAAACCUUAAUAAGCAUAAGUGAAUCCAUACAGGGGAGAAACGCUAUUCCUGCUCUCAGUGUAAGAAAAAUCAUCAGAAUUUUCAUCAGAGUUGCCAUAAAGGAAUUCAUGUAGGGAAGAAAAUAUUUAAGUGUCCAGAAUGUGGGAAAACCUUCCCCCAAAAUGAAGAAUUUAUGUUUCAUCUGCAGAGUCAUGAGGCUGGGAGACCAUAUAGCUGAAAAAAAAAAAAAAAAAGGGGGAGAAGAUUCAGUCGGUUGUCAGUCUACAUCUGGCACAAAAGAACUCACUCAGCUUCUAAGAUCCAGGAGCAGAAAUGGGAUCAGGAAAAGUCCUGCUUCUGUCUGAAAAGUUUCACAAAGAAUUAUGAAUCCCAAAUAUUUAUAAACUAAAGAACAUUUCUAAAUAAAUGGGUCAAAGGAAAAAAAUUCAUGUAAAACACAGCAAAAAUAAAAAUAAAAUUUGGUAUAUUAAAGUUUGUAAGAUAUUGAUAUCUCUUCAAUAUUGUACUUGAAGUUCUAGCUAGAGCAAUAAGACAAGAAAAGGAGAUCAAGGGGAUACAAA